CGGCGGUCAGUGUUUGUGGCCGGACCUGUUAAUUCCAUCUGACGUCAUGACGUGCGUGCCGCCGAGCAAGGAAGGAAGAUGGCGGCCUUUGGGAUUCUGAGCUACGAGCACCGGCCGCUGAAAAGACCCCGUCUUGGACCCCCAGACGUGUACCCUCAAGACGCCAAGCAGAAAGAGGAUGAACUUACAGCUUUAAAUGUGAAACAAGGAUUUAACAAUCAGCCAGCUGUUUCGGCAGAUGAACAUGGCAGCGCUAAAAAUGUCAACUUUAACCCUGCUAAGAUCAGCUCUAACUUCAGCAGUAUUAUGUCAGAGAAGCUGCGUUGCAACACUUUGCCAGACACUGGCCGCAGGAAACCGCAGGUCAAUCAAAAGGACAAUUUCUGUCUGGUCACUGCUCGCACUCAGAGUUCUAUCAACACCUGGUUCUCUGACUUGGCUGGUACCAAGCCCCUCACGCACCUCGCAAAAAAGGUACCUAUAUUUGGAAAGAAGGAGGAAGUUUUUGGAUUCCUAGCUCGUUUCUCUGUGCCUGUGAUGAGAGCUGCCUGGCUCAUUAAGAUGACCUGCGCAUAUUAUGCUGCCAUUACAGAAACCAAAGUGAAAAAGAGGCACGUCAUGGAUCCCAUCAUAGAGUGGACUCAGAUAAUCACCCGAUAUCUGUGGGAGCAGCUGCAGAAGAUUGCAGAUUAUUAUCGUCCGGCUUUGGGGGGCUGUUCGUCUCCUCCAGGUCCUAUGCCACUAGAGGUGGAAGUAGCUCUAAAGCAGUGGGAAUAUAAUGAGAAACUAGCUUUGUUUAUGUUCCAGGAUGGAAUGUUGGAUCGGCACGAGUUCCUCACAUGGGUCCUGGAAUGUUUUGAAAAGAUCAGACAAGGAGAAGAUGAGCUCCUGAAACUAUUGCUUCCACUUCUCCUCCGGUAUUCAAAUUCCCUGGUUCAGUCGGCUUACCUCUCCCGACGUCUGGCCUAUUUCUGCACAAGGCGGCUUGCACAGCUGUUGGAGGGCAGUGGGAGCCACACAGGACACUUAAUGACAGCACAGACAGGCACAGCUUUGCCUCCAGCACCUGCACCACCUCCACCUUCAGGAUCAGCUCCUACCUCCCCUUUCAGUGAUCUUCUGCAGUGUCCACAGCAUAGACCUCUUGUGUUUGGGCUAAGCUGCAUGCUGCAGAGUAUUGUCCUUUGCUGUCCUAGUGCAUUAGUGUGGCAUUACUCUCUAACUGAUAACCGAAUAAAAACUGGGUCACCUCUGGACCACCUUCCCAUUGCACCCUCCAGUUUGCCCAUGCCCGGAGGCAAUUCUGCCUUCACACAGCAGGUGCGUAGGAAACUGCGGGACAUGGAGCAGCAGAUAAAGGAGCGUGGGCGAUCGGUGGAGGUCAGGUGGUCAUUUGAUAAAUGUCAGGAGGCCACUGCAGGUUUUCCUAUUGGGCGGGUCCUUCAUACUUUGGAAGUGCUAGACAGUCACAGCUUUGAGAAAUCGGACUUUAGCAACAAUCUGGAUUCUUUGUAUAACCGGAUAUUUGGACUUGGCCUAGGCAAAGAUGGGCAUGAGAUAUCACCUGAUGAUGAUGCAGUAGUCACUCUUCUUUGUGAGUGGGCUGUCAGCUGUAAGCGUUACGGUCACCACCGUGCACUUGUGGUGGCAAAGUUACUGGAGAAGCGGCAGGCGGAGAUUGAAGCAGAGCGAUGUGGAGACUCAGAGGCUGUUGAUGAAAAGGGAUCUGUAUCUUCUGGGUCUCUGUCUGCUUUGAGCGCACCCCCUGUGUUCCAAGAAGUCCUGCUCCAGUUCCUUGAUACACAGGCCCCUAUGCUAACGGAUCCAGCUAAUGAAAAUGAGCGUGUGGAAUUCUAUAAUCUGGUGCUGCUAUUUUGUGAGCUAAUUCGACAUGAUGUUUUUUCACACAACAUGUACAUGUGCACAUUGAUAUCCCGUGGAGAUCUAGGGCUCGACCCACAUGCACCCCGACCCCGCUCCCCAUAUGAGGACCCGUCUGAUGACACUGACCGCAAAGAAGGAGAGGCCAAUAGCAGCAUAAAAUUAGAGGAUACCACUCUCUCAGAAACCAUGGAUAUUGAUCAUGGCUCUGGGGCUUUAUUUGAGGACAUGGAGAAAAGUGAAUUCCCGAUGUUUUCCCCUGCCAUGCGUUGUGAGGGGCGGAGCCCCGGUCCCGAAGACGGGGACCGAGAUUCCCGCCAUACAGUGAAAGUCAUGAAUGGGGAAGGACCUCUUUCUGCACUGUAUGAUCAGCCCCGGCAUAUACAAUAUGCCACACAUUUCCCUAUCCCACAGGAGGAGUCGUGUAGCCAUGAAUGUAAUCAGAGGCUUGUUGUUCUUUAUGGUGUGGGAAGGCAAAGAGAUGAUGCCCGUCACAUAAUCAAGAAAAUUACACGGGAUAUCCUAAAGGUGCUUAAUCGCAAAAGCACCUCUGAGACAGAUGAGGGUCAGCGCAGACGCAGGGCAAAGCCUGAAGCAUUUCCCACAGCAGAGGAGAUUUUUUGCCGCUUUCAGCUACUCUCACAUUUCGAUCAGCACCAAGUCACUGCACAGGUGUCACGGAAUGUGUUGGAGCAAAUUACGAGCUUUGCACUUGGUCUCUCCUAUCACCUGCCCUUGGUGCAACAUAUCCAGUUUAUCUUUGACUUGAUGGAAUAUUCCUUAAACAUCAGUGGUCUCAUUGACUUUGCCAUUCAGCUACUGAAUGAGCUCAGCGUGGUUGAGGCUGAGCUCCUGCUGAAGUCGUCUAGUCUGGUUGGCAGUUACACCUUGGGUCUGUGUUUGUGCAUUGUUGCUGUUCUGCGUCAUUAUCACACUUGCCUGAUUCUCAACCAGGAGCAGACAGCCCAGGUCUUCGAAGGGUUGUGUGGAGUGGUGAAACAUGGAAUGAAUCGUUCAGAUGGCUCAUCUGCUGAGCGUUGUAUCUUGGCAUAUCUCUAUGAUUUGUACACAUCGUGUAGUCACCUAAAGAGCAAGUUUGGGGAGCUUUUCAGUGACUUCUGCUCAAAGGUGAAAAAUACAAUAUACUGUAAUGUUGAGCCAUCAGACUCCAACAUGCUGUGGGAACAGGAGUUUAUGCUGGACACCAUCAUCAAUCCAUCAGGACAUAGCGUCAACUGUGGAAUGCUGGGAAAGUUGCUGAGUGACUCCCCAACCAACCGAUAUAGUUUUGUGUGCAAUGCACUUGUCCAUGUGUGCGCUGGAGACCACGAUACAGACAGAGUGAAUGACAUUGCCAUUUUGUGCGCUGAGCUGACUGGAUCCUGCAAAGCCCUGAGCUCCGAGUGGCUGGGAGUCCUGAAAGCCCUCUGCUGUUCAUCUAACAAUGGAACGUGUGGCUUCAAUGAUCUGCUUUGCAAUGUGGAUGUCAGUGAUCUCUCUUUCCACGAUUCUCUUGCCACUUUUGUUGCAAUCUUAGUUGCUCGCCAGUGCCUCUUACUGGAAGAUCUGAUUCGCUGCGCUGCUAUCCCAUCCUUGCUUAAUGCGGCUUGCAGUGAGCAGGAUUCUGAGGCGGGAGCUCGUCUCACCUGCCGCAUUUUACUCCAUCUCUUCAAAACCCCACAGCUGAACCCUUGUGAACCUGACGGCAGUAAACCAACUGCUGGAAUCCGUUCAUCUUGUGACCGCCACCUGCUGGCAGCAUCUCAGAAUCGGAUUGUGGAUGGAGCUGUUUUUGCUGUGCUGAAAGCUGUGUUCGUUUUGGGUGAUGCAGAGCUGAGGGGCUCAGGAUUCUCACAUCCCACUGGUACUGAUAAUACUUCAGAGGAAGAUUUAGCAACCAGAAGAGCAGGGGGUCGGCCGGUAUCAAUUGAAACAGCCAGCUUGGAUGAAUAUGCAAAAUAUGUUCUGCGCAGCAUCUGCCAACAAGAGUGGGUUGGAGAGCGGUGUGUGCGUUCUCUGUGUGAGGACUCGAAUGAUCUGCAGGACCCUGUUCUGAGCAGUGCUCAGGCUCAGCGCCUCAUGCAGCUUAUCUGUUACCCACACAGACUGAACGAUACAGAGCAGGGAGACAAUCCACAGAGGCAACGAAUCAAACACAUCUUGCAGAAUCUGGAUCAGUGGACAAUGCGUCAAUCAGCUCUGGAACUGCAGCUAAUGAUUAAACAAACACCAAGCAAUGAAAUGAAUACUCUAUUAGAAAAUAUUGCUAAAGCCACAAUUGAAGUAUUCCAGCAAUCUGCAGAAAAUGCCUGCGUGGCCCCCUCCAAUAGUAUUGCCCUCAGCAAUGCUACCUCCAGCAACACACCUCCCAACAGCAAGACAAAACCUGUUCUCAGUUCUUUGGAGCGAUCUGGGGCUUGGCUUGUGGCCCCUCUCAUCGCAAAGCUGCCUACAUCAGUUCAAGGUCAUGUGCUGAAAGCUGCAGGGGAGGAGCUAGAGAAGGGCCAGCACCUAGGAUCCUCUUCCCGCAAGGAACGUGAUCGUCAGAAGCAGAAAAGCAUGUCCUUGCUAAGUCAGCAGCCAUUUUUGUCUUUGGUAUUGACAUGCUUAAAGGGACAGGAUGAGCAACGAGAGGGACUUCUGACUUCUCUCUUUGGCCAGGUGCAACAGAUUGUUAGUAACUGGCGAGAAGAUCAGUAUCAGGACGACUGUAAAACUCCUCAACUGCUGCAUGAUGUCUUAAAACUAAGACUUAACCUGGUUGGUGGGAUGUUUGAUACAGUUCAGCGCAGCACUCAGCAAACCACUGAAUGGGCUGUCCUUCUGCUGGACAUUAUUAGCAGUGGUACAGUGGAUAUGCAGUCGAACAACGAGCUCUUCACUACUGUCCUAGACAUGCUUAGUGUUCUGAUAAAUGGAACUCUGGCAGCUGAUAUGUCCAGUAUUUCUCAGGGGAGCAUGGAGGAGAAUAAAAGGGCGUACAUGAACUUAGUAAAGAAACUGCGGAAAGAGCUGGGCGAUCGACAGUCUGAGAGUCUGGAAAAGGUUCGACAGCUUCUUCCUCUCCCAAAGCAGACUCGGGAUGUAAUAACUUGUGAGCCACAGGGAUCUCUCAUUGACACCAAAGGCAACAAGAUUGCAGGUUUUGACUCUAUUUUCAAGAAAGAGGGCCUUCAAGUUUCUACCAAGCAGAAGAUCUCUCCUUGGGAUCUGUUUGAGGGGAUUAAACAGUCUGCUCCUCUGUCCUGGGGCUGGUUUGGGACUGUCCGCGUGGACAGACGUGUGUCUCGCAUGGAGGAGCAACAGAGAUUACUUCUAUAUCACACUCACUUGAAACCAAAGCCUCGUAAUUACUACUUAGAGAACCUUCCACUUCCACCUGAGGAUGAAGAACCCCCUACUCCCACAAGUAUUGAGCCUGACAAAAAGGUUACUGAGACUCUUAAGGUGGACAAAAGUGGAGUGGGUGGCACGGUUAACACUGAUGAGAGGAAGAAGCCAAGCAAGCCCAAAAGAGAGAAAAAGAGAAACAUGGCACAGAGCAAAGUAGAGGAAUUCCCUCUUGGUCCUGGCCGCCCAGUGCCUUAUGGAAUGGUCCCCACUGAUCUUCUGCAUACCCAGGGAGCUGGAAUGUCCCGUCUGCCUUAUGCAGCCCAGACCAUGUAUGCCCAGAACCAGCCGCUACCACCAGGUGGUCCUCGUCUAGAUAACUCAUACAGACCUAACCGGAUGACUAUGGUAAAGGUUCCUACCAGGCCUCAGUAUGGCAGUGGAGUAACCCAACCUGGCAUGAUGGACUCGUACAAGCCAGUGAUGUACAGACCACAGCCUCCUAUUCCUCAGGGGCAACUACUAAGACAGCAGCUGCAGGCUAAGUUGGCACAGGGAAUGAUGCCGCAGCCUGUACGGCAGAUGAGUCAAGCCCCUUCAUAUGGCUCCAUGCAACCCACUCAGGGUUAUACAUCGUACAGCUCUCAUAUGAGCUUGCAACAACACCCUCCUCCAUCCCAGGCUGGUGCUUUGGUGCCCCCACCAUACAGUACUCAGCAAUACCCUGGAUCUCUUCCCCCUUCUGGUGGGGCUCUUCUUGACCCAGUGCGCCAGAUGCAGCAAAGACCUAGUGGCUAUGUGCACCAGCAAGCCUCUGGUUUCAGUCACGGUGCUUCAGGAGGACAAAGAUUCCCACACCAGCAGAUGACUCAGACAGGCAUGAUGCAAAGCAUGGGCCACCUUACUACACAGCCAGUGACGGGUGCAAUUCGGCCUCAGAUGUUACCUGAGCAGCAACAACAACAGCAGCAGCAACAGCAGUAUUUGAGACAGCAACAGCUAUUAAGGCAGCAGCAGCAACAACAACAACAACAACAACAGCAGCAGCAGCAGAAUCAGGCACCUCCUCAGCAACAAGCUCCUCCACAACCACCUCCCCAGCAGGUCCCCACCGUUCCACAGUCACAAACACAAGGACAGCCGCCAGGGCUUGGCAUGCAGACACUGCAAUUUCAGAGACAGGGUUUACAGCAGACCCAGCAACAACAGCAAACUGCAGCUCUGGUCCGCCAGCUCCAGCAGCAACUGUCCAGCACACAACCACAGCAAAAUUCCAAUCCAUUCGGCCGCUACCCGUGAUUUUGUACCUCUUUCGGAUGAAUUCUCUUGGCUCUCUCCAGAUCGAUGAGACAGAAGGCAGCACUUUAGAAGAUUUUAUUUAACUCAAAGGAGCGGAUGGGUAUCUGGUUCCUGUGAGAAGUGAUUAGUGUUACCAGAUUUUCUGUGAUGUAAAAAAAGAAUGAAUUGUGGAUCUGAAUGUUGCAUAUGUCCAAGUCGCAGAAUAAGGGACAUGUAUAUCCUGUCGUCCCGUCCCCCCCAGGUGAAUUAUGGGGGGUUCCUAUGUCUUGUGAACAUUUAUCUUUUAAAAUGUUUUUAAUAUUUUGUUAACCAAAUGAUUAAAUUGUCAUUUUGUAAAGUA